AUGUGUUCCCCAUCUAAAGUCCUCGUGGCCCUGGCCGUAACCUUUAUCCUUUCACCGACCACCAGUCGGGCUAAAACAGUCGUCAUGUUCCCGGGACCUUCAAAAAGCUACUUCAUUUACCACGCCAACAUCGGGCAGGCCCUGGUGGAUCUCGGACACGACGUGUGGAUAUGUAUCCCCGACUACCUGGCGGACAAAGGUCUCAUCAAGUACAAGGACAUCAAAACAAUCGUGUACGGUAAAGGACUGGGAGAUAUUGAGGACAACAUGUUAGAAGCGUCAAACAUCAUCGCCAAAUUCUGGGCUGGGUUUGAUACAGGUUUCGGUGACCUACUCACGAUAACAAGACUUUUCAGGAGAUUUACACGGGUUAUUCUGUGUGAUCAAAGUUUUGAAGAGACCAUAGUCAAUCUCAAGCCAGAUUUAUUUAUCUUAGACGCGUUCAUGUUCACGAGAGAGCUGCUGGUAAUCCCGUACAAACAUGAGCUGCCUUUUGCUUUGAUUGGCACAUUGCAUGAGUUAGACUUAGCCAGGGUUCCCUACAGUCCAGCGGUAGAGCCCUACAUGACCCAGAAGGGGACCAAUAGGAUGAACUUCUUUCAGAGGGUGGAGGCCACAAUAUUAGCUUCAAUUUCGAAAAUCCAUGACCCAUUUUCAGACAACAGUGCGGUUACCACAUUCGCCCCUGAAAAGCCCUAUAAAUCAUUGAAUGACAUCGCCUUACAAGCUGAAAUAUUCAUCUCUGAAUCUGACCACAUUCUUGACUAUCCCAGACCAGAGCUCCCAAACACAAAACGUAUUGGGGGAUCUUCUGUAAGUGAGGCCAAGCCACUGACAGGAGAUUUUCAAACGUUAGACAAUUCUGUCAACGGGUUAGUUGUAGUUUCUUUCGGAAGCUUAGAUCUGAAAUGCCCAACGCAUAUCUUAACCAAAAUGGUGGCCGCUUUUGAAAAACUUGAUUUGAAUGUUGUGUGGAAAGCUAAUUUAACUUCUCCUAAGCCGGACAAAAUCAUGAUUAAACAUUGGUUGCCUCAAAAUGAUCUCCUGGGUCACCCCAAGACCAAAGUGUUUGUAUCACAUUGUGGUAAGAAUGGACAGUACGAAGCCCUGUAUCACGCCGUACCUAUUCUCUGUCUUCCCGUAUUAGGUGAUCAGCAUUACAACAGUGAACGGAUCAUUGUAAAAGGUUUUGGACUUGGCGCAGAUAUAAGAACAAUUACAGCGGAAGAAUUCGCUGACCUGAUCAAAGAAGUCGCCUAUAAUCCCAAAUACAAGACCAACAUACAGAGGGCAUCAACGUUAUUCAAAGAACUCUACAAAGUACCAAUGAAGGAAGCCGCCUACUGGUUUGAUCACGUGAUGAAAUAUGGGGGAGACUACAUGAGGUCAUCUGGUCAAGAAAUGCCGCUGUAUCAAUUUCUUCUCUUGGACGUUAUGGCUUUCUUCAUUGGCGUCCUGUUUGCUACACUAUUACUACUCUUCUUUGUGGCCAGAUUUUGCUAUCGACGCAUCAGACGGUUUAAGAUAAAAGCAGAUUAA